AUCUUUGAGAGACGGACGGCUCUACUCUGCCGCAUAGCAAGUGCGGUUUUAUAUUUUACGCGCGACGCGAUAGUUUUACUUUGUGACCAAUUAAUAUUAUUUCUAGUAUAUUUGUUUAAUUAUUUGUGCCUUUUAGUGCCUUGUAAAGUUUUGUGUAUAAGCAACAGUUUGUUUCCUUUGCCGCUAAGAAGCCAUGCGGAGAUAAAUUAUCAGUGAUUCCGAAGUCUUCUAUAAUAUAUUGAAAAGAUAAUUAUAAGAAGAAACAAUGAAACGACUACAAAAAUGCUGUUGUUGUGCUUCGACGCGCACUGGUACCUUAAUAACUGCGGUUUUGGGUAUCAUUCUGUCCGUUGCGACUAUCAUAACAGUAUGGGUUGUCGAGAAACAUAAAGUUUCCUUCAGCACAUUCAUUUUCGAUGACGAUUUUGACAAGAAACUCUCAGAUUUAGACAUUCCGAGAAUUAUAUUGACAUUGAACCUGUGCUUUACCAUUUUAAUAUGCACGCUUCUUAUUGUGGCAGUUCUCAAGAGGCGCUCAUGGCUUAUGCUACCAUGGGUUGUGCUUGGCAUCGUGCUAGCUAUAGGACUGCUUAUCAGCGUACUUCACACUUCAAUCACGUACUAUCUGAUGGAAGACAAAAAUGAUGAGGAUCACCACAACCACGUCAUCUUAGCCACUGCUAUACUCAUCGGAGGACUUAUUUACUUAUGCCUAUAUUUGUACUUGUGGGCAGUAGUCUUCAGUCACUAUUUGGAUGUGCGUGACGAAGAGGAACGCGGAAGAUAUCGCAAAGCCCCGUACCGUAGAUAGAGUACAGAUGGCAAAUCUACAUAUUGUCAAUACCAUAUAUAGUAUGAUCUCCUCAUAUAUUCAGACUUCAUAAAUACAUGCACAUUAGACUGAUAGAUUUAUAAUCUUUAUGUAUCAAAAAUCGGAAAAACUGGUUCAUUUGUCUGAAUCUUAUAAUCAAAACAAAACACAUU